AUGAUAUCAUCCUAUGUGUACAAUUUUCUGAACAAGUCCUCCACUCGUGUUCGUGUUCACUUUACUACUACUACUACUACUACUACUACUACUACUACUACUACUACUACUACUACUACUACUACUACUACUACUACUACUACUACUACUACUACUACUACUACUACUACUACUACUACUACUACUACUACUACUACUACUACUACUACUACUACUACUACUACUACUACUACUACUACUACUACUACUACUACUACUACUACUACUACUACUACUACUACUACUACUACUACUACUACUACUACUACUACCACUACUACUACUACUACUACCACUACUACUACUACUACUACUACUACUACUACUACUACUACUACUACUACUUGUAACUAUUAUUAUUAUUAUUAUCAUGAUAUUUCCUUGUAA